UUCCUGGGCUUACUCAGGUUUGCCAGCUGAUUUACUGUUGCUGUGAAAACACGGCUGAACAGGCUCUUGAAAGCCACAGAAACCAGAAGAAACUAGUCAUGAAAACCCUGACUAUCAGCUGAUAGAUUUCUUCCUGAGAACGCCUCAUAACUGCUAGCCUUUUUUUCCAGACUAGAGACAAACCUUCAGGAGCUGACCAGAAUCUGGAGCUGUUUCAGCCCACAUUGGUUGGGAUCUCUCUGGCCAUGCUGGAGGGCGCAGAGUUCUACUUUAACGUGGACCAUGGCUACCUGGAAGGCCUGGUGCGGGGGUGCAAGGCCGGCCUCUUGACCCAGCAAGACUACAUCAACCUGGUUCAGUGUGAGACCCUGGAAGAUGUGAAAAUUCAUCUCCAGACCACUGAUUAUGGCAACUUCUUGGCUAAUCAAACAAAUCCUCUUACUGUUUCCAAAAUUGACACGCAGAUGAGGAAAAAGCUAUGCAGAGAAUUUGAAUAUUUCCGAAAUCAUUCCCUGGAACCCCUGAGCACAUUUUUUACAUACAUGACGUGCAGUUACAUGAUAGACAAUGUGAUUCUACUGAUGAAUGGCGCCUUGCAAAAAAAAUCUGUGAAAGAAAUUCUGGUGAAGUGCCACCCACUGGGCCGCUUCACAGAAAUGGAAGCAGUCAACAUUGCCGAGACACCUUCCGAUCUCUUCAAUGCUGUUCUGGUUGAAACACCAUUAGCUCCAUUCUUUCAAGACUGCAUGUCUGAAAAUACCCUAGAUGAGCUGAAUAUUGAAUUACUGCGCAAUAAACUGUACAAGUCUUACCUUGAGGCAUUCUAUAAAUUCUGUAAGAAUCAUGGUGAUGUCACAGCAGAAAUCAUGUGUCCCAUUCUUGAGUUUGAGGCCGACAGACGUGCUUUUAUCAUCACUCUUAACUCCUUUGGCACUGAACUGAGCAAAGAGGACCGGGAGACCCUCUACCCGACCUGUGGCAAGCUGUAUCCUGAGGGGCUUCGCCUGUUGGCUCAAGCAGAAGACUUUGAUCAGAUGAGGAGAGUAGCAGACCAUUAUGGAGUAUACAAGCCUUUGUUUGAUGCUGUGGGUGGUGGCAGUGGAGGAAAGACAUUGGAGGAUGUGUUUUAUGAGCGUGAGGUACAAAUGAACGUGCUCGCAUUCAACAGACAAUUCCACUAUGGCGUGUUUUACGCAUACACAAAGCUGAAGGAACAAGAAAUGAGAAAUAUCGUGUGGAUAGCAGAAUGCAUUUCACAAAGACAUCGAACUAAAAUUAACAGUUACAUUCCAAUUUUAUAACCCAGUGAGGGACCUCAAAUGUAGGAAAUCUUACAUAUUAAGAUGUUCUGAGGAAAAUAAAAAGAAUCAUGUUAUAUUAUCUGGAUUACACAAAAAUAAUCUACACCAUUGUGGACCCACUAGAAACAUAGUAAAUCAACCCUGAAACAGUGUUUCUUUUUUUCUCAGCAGCCUUAAAUUUUGUUUCCCCAUUAUGUCUCACCUUUUUACCAGACUUUAGACAUUAAUCCUAAUCGACCUAUGGUAUUUAUCCUAUUCUUGUUUGAUUGUAUUAACAAUCAGAUCUAAUUAAAGUAUUUUACUCUUGCUUUC